AUGCUAGCAAUCGAAGGAACCAUACAGCCAAAGAAGGACAAAGACUCAGACGUCACAAUAUCCUUCAACCAAGCAGACUUCAGAUCGGCAAGCCCUAACCUCGACGACCCCGUGGUAAUUUCCAUCCAGGUCGGAGAACUGUUGGUAAGAAAAACAUUGCUGGAUCCAGACUGUUAUAGCCCUUACAAUAUUAUCAUUGGAAGACCCGCCCUGAAUAUAUUCAGAGCAGUGGUAUCCACGUUACACCUUUGUGUUAAGUUCUCAGUGCAGGAAAACAAGAUAGCUACAGUAUACGCCGACCAUCAAGAAGCUCAACAGUGCUACAAUGCUAGCCUAAAGCUAACCCAAACAAAACAAAAAGCUCGGACUCAGGUUCAAGCAAUCCACACUUCUGCAGACACAGCGACACUGGCCGACCUCGACCCAAAGGAAGACCUCGGCGAAAGACCUCGGCCAAUGGACAACCUUCAACAAAUAACACUAACAGCAGAUAACAAACAAUGCACAUACAUUGGAGAAGCAUUAGAAGGGGAAGACCGAGCAAGACUCAUACACAUACUACGCCAGAAUACCGACCUAUUUGCAUGGACACCAAAUGACAUGCCAGGAAUAAAUCCAGAGGUCAUCUGCCACAAGUUAGCAAUCGACAAAACAGCCCGACCAAUAGCACAGAAAAAGAGGAACCUCGGAGAGGAGAAAAGGCAAGCAGCACUGGAAGAAACCAAGAAGCUCCUCAACGCAGGUUUCAUCAAAGAAAUUCGCUUCACCACAUGGUUGUCCAACGUGGUAAUGGUAAGGAAGAACUCAGGUGCGACAUAUCAACGGUUAAUGGACAAAGUAUUCCAACAGCAGAUAGGCCAGAAUAUGGAAGUCUAUGUAGAUAAUAUGGUAGCAAAAACACCAGCACAAGGGUCACACUGUGAUGACUUGGUAGAAAUAUUCAAACAAUUCCGAGCAUACAACAUGAGACUCAAUCCGGACAAAUAUGCUUUCGGAGUCCAAGGAGGGAAAUUUCUCGGAUUCAUGCUAACCUCGCGAGGCAUCGAAGCCAACCCAGAAAAAUGCAAAGCCGUACUGAACAUGACAAGCCCAAAGACGGUAAAAGAAGUCCAACAACUAGCAGGACGAAUAGCUGCCUUAUCACGUUUCCUACCUACAGUGGCAAACCGAUCUUAUCAUUUCUUCCAGACAUUCUCUAAAGGCAAGAAGUUCACCUGGACAGACGAAUGUGAGAACUCUUUUACCGAACUCAAACAGAACCUAACAUCACCACCAAUCCUCCAAAGACCAGAGACAGGUAAGCCAUUGUGUUUAUACCUAUCAGUAUCUAACCAUGCUAUAAGCUCGGUAUUAGUAACAGAAACAGGAAGAAAGCAAAACCCAGUAUACUUCAUCAGUAGGGUGCUACAACCAACAGAAACAAGGUACCCGAAGAUAGAACAAUUGGCACUGGCACUAGUCACCAUGGCAAGAAGACUGCGGCACUACUUCCAGAGCCACACAAUCAUAGUACGAACAGACCAACCGCUAAGGCAGAUACUAACCAGACCCGAGCUCGCCGGCAGACUAAUAAAAUGGGCGAUCGAGCUCUCUGAGUUCGAUAUUCAAUACGAACCAAGGAAGACAUUGAAGUCACAGGUGCUAGCCGACUUUAUAUCGGAAAUGACUAACGAUACACAAUAUACAGAGGUCAGUUGGAGCAUGCAUGUGGAUGGAGCGUCAAACAAAGAAGGCAGUGGAGCAGGAAUACUACUGAUGGAAGGGAACAAGGUGGUGGCUGAGCAGUCACUAAGGUUCCGCUUCAACGCAAGCAACAAUCAGGCAGAAUAUGAGGCUUUACUCACGGGACUAAAGCUCUCCCUACAACUACAAAUAUCCCGAAUAACAGUCUACUGUGACUCUUCAUUGGUGGUGCACCAAAUAAAGGGCGAAUUCCAGGUAAAAGAUCCUUUGUUAGAGAAAUAUUGGCUCAUAACAAAGGAUCUCAUUUCAAAAUUUAGCAAAUUUGACAUCAUUCAUGUAAAUCGAGAGCAAAACACCAGGGCCGAUGUGUUAUCCAAGUUAGCCACAACUAGGCAAGCCAAAAACACAUCAGCACUGUCCCAACUAACAUUUGACAAACCGAGUUUUGAGCAUGACACAAUUUUGAGUAUCAUACAGGUCCCAGAUUGGCGAACACCUCUUCUCGACUACAUCAACAAAGGCACCAUGCCAAAGGAUGAGCCGAACUUACCACUGUUUCGAAGAAGAGCAAGCUUCUAUACAGUGCUAGGAAACACUUUGUACAGACGAGGACACUCCCGACCACUCCUUAAAUGCAUCAGUUGGGAGGAGGCCGAGGAUGUCAUGGUCAAAACACAUGAAGGAGUCUGCGGCAACCAUAUCGGCGGCCGAGCUUUAGCAGCAAAGAUCCUGCGAACAGGAUAUUAUUGGCCGACGAUAAAACGGGACUGCAUCUCCAAAGUCAAGGCAUGUGAUAAUUGUCAAAAGCACGCCACCCUCUCGGAGACCCCGGCCAAAGAACUCCAUACCAUAGAGGGAUUAAAGAAAAAGCUCGGCGACACUAAGGGAGAAUGGGCCGACCUCAUUCCAGAGAUUCUAUGGAGUUACAAUACCAGCAUUCAAUCUGCCACAGGAGAGACUCCUUUCAAACUGGUAUAUGGCGCAAAAGCACUUAUCCCAGUAGAGGUCAGCGUCCCAACAUUAAGGACCGAGCUCUAUGAUCAAUCGAAUAACCUACAAGCUCGGACAGCCGAGUUGGACCUUGUAGAAGAAGAAAGAGACAUUUCUGCCAUAAAGCAACGAGCCAGAAAACAAUACCUAGAGCAAAGACACAACAGAAAAGUAGUUCACAGGUCUUUCAACAAUGGAGACCUCGUACUCAGACGCACAGAAGAAGCCCAGAAACCUCCGACACAUGGAAAAUUGGCGGCAAACUGGGAAGAGCCUUUCUGA